AUGACAUUGUUGGGAAGAGGUAACAUUCGAGUGUAUCGUGGCGGUGUGCUCAGACAACGAGGGUCCGGAUUUUUGUCCGGUUUAAUGAACAUGGUCAAAAAAGGGGCUGUGAUGGCAGGCAAAUCUUUAUGGAGUGCGGGUAAAAAAGCGAUAAAAGAAAAUCUCCCACAAGUUGGAAAAGAGGUGUUGAAAGUUGUCCAAGGCAAAGAAACCGUCAAGAGUGGAUUGAAAAACAUUGUUCAAGAUGCCGUCAAACCUGCUUUGAAAUCGACGGUGUCGGAAACUUUGAAGAAUGUUGUCGGAGGUAUAAAAGACCGACAACCACCACGAAAGCGGACAAAGUCAUCUGCAGCUCGAUCUGUCAACAUCAAACGAAAGAGAAGAAAGAAAGAUAUCUUCGAUCAUGGCUUCAAUGAUGCGUAA